CAGCCUUCUGAUUGGCCAAAAUGUAAGCCCAGGUUCGCUGUAGCCAUCCUACUCCGCGGCAUCGUAUAUCAACCUUUGAAAUCAAUUUGCUGUAAAGCAGCGAUCGGAUUAAAAGCCACUACCCCACACAAUCCAAAACCGUCGGAUAUUCUGGUAGACCUGAUUCUUCCUCUUUUUCCGGUUAUCGUGCGAGUUUUGGACAUACCAUAUUCGCAUCCGGAUCUCUCCUUGGACGCUCCAAUUCCUUGUCAAACACUACUGUAGCGAGGGACAUUCCAAAGAAGGCGCCUUGCCUGCUUGACCGUCAUCACUAUCUAUUGUUGUACAAUCCGCCAUGACUAGUCAAUCCGACCGCAAACGACGAUUAUCUUUAGAGAUUGAUCCACAGCAGCAAAAACAGCAAGUCAGCAAGAAAAGUCGCCGUUGUGAUCAAAAUGGACUUUUAAGCGAACUCACUGGUGUUUUGGACGAAAUCCGAUCCACACCAGCUUGUGGUGAGAUCCCAGCCGAAUCGCUCGAGACACUCAAGACGCUCAUGUUGCAGAUCGAACACUUAUCUUCGGACGUAUCGAACUUGGAAGCGCGCAACAUGAAAAACGAAAGCGAGCGACAACUCGAGUCGUGGUUUGACGAUUUGCUUGAACAAUGCGAAGCCGACGGUGGCCUAGAUCUGGAUCAUGCGUUAGCAGAAGGAGAAGACGGUGCAAGUGAUGAUGAGGAGGAAGCACUCGCUUUGGCGCUUGCCCUUAUGGAUGAAGAGGACGACGAGGAAGAACAAGAAGUUGCUACUUCACAGCAGCAUGUGAGCGACACGGGUAGCGAUACGACUGCGCAAGAGAUCGAUGUUGUAGCUUAGCAUGGCACUAUUCAAAUUAAAAAACAACU